AUGAUGAAGCUGCGUUUGAGACGUUACGAGACUAGGGAAACCCUAGAAUUUGAAUUGGCUAAUACAAGCAACCUCCAUGAUCUCUGCCAUCGGAUCAGUUCAUCUACGCCUUCCUCCGUUCACUUCUCGCUUAAUCGCAAUGACAAGCCGUCUCCCGAGGAUACGCUCCGAUCUCUUGGUAUGACUCCCGGUGACCUCAUUUACUACUACUCUCUACCUCCCUCUUCUCCGUUGGACAUUGAGAUCGUUGCAUCUGCUGGAAGCAAAAGGUUAAGCGUACCAUUCUUCCUGAAAAAGGUAUUACUUGAGAAAUCUGGUGAUGAAAGUGGCUUGACUACCUUGGCUACUGCAGUUCACGCCGUCAUGUUGGAAUCUGGAUUCAUGUUGUUAAACAAUCAUGGCUGCUUUGAUAAGUUUACCUUUUCUAAAGAGAUGCUUACUGUAUCCCUAAGGUAUACUCUCCCUGAGCUAAUCACCAAGACGAGGGUUGAGUAUGUGACUGUUACGUUUCAGAGCUUGAGCAAUACGGUUGUGGUCUACGGAUCGCUAGGAGGCCGUGGGUGUAUGGUGAAAAGGGUUAGUCUCAACAAGAAUAGAUUUGUGUCCGUUAUCGAUUUGGUUGUGGAUACUUUGAAGUUCGAGAAACAAGCCUCUUGCAGCAGCUACCGCGAUGUGUUCACGUUCUGGAAGAUGGUGAAAGAUGGUCUUUCUAUCCCGUUGCUGACGUGUCUUUGCGAGAAGUAUGGUUUGGAACUUCCACCUUGCUUGAUGCUUCUACCAACGGAGCUAAAGAUGAAGAUACUUGAGUUGGUUCCUGGCGACAGUGUUGCCAAAAUGGCUUGCGUAUGUGCGGAGAUGCGGUGUCUGGCUUCAGACGAUGGCUUGUGGAAACACAAGUGCUUGGAAGAAGCCAAGCAUCUCGAUGUGAAUCGAUCAAGGGAUUCUUGGAAGGCGGAGUUUGCUACUAUUUGGAAGCAACGCCAAAAAGUUAGAAGUGACAUGGAGAUAAGUCGUCGCAGCGUGACUAGUCCUGGGAUCAUUAAUGCACAGUCUCGCGCUGACCGUAUCAGUCGUCUUCGUGAGUUCCGUAGACAACGCCGUCAACGCUGAUGCCCCUUUCCCUUUCCGAAUGUUUGGUGUUUUCCAUGUUAGCUAAUAAAUCCCUUGGAUUUUUUUUUUUAUUCUUUAGAUAGGUAUUUUGUUUAAGAUUAGUUUUCUCUUCUCCUUUGCCCUGCUUAUGCUAUUUGGUUGCUAUUUUUUAUAUUUAAA